AUAGGAAACCAAAUAGAACAUUGAGAUGAUAUAUAGGUAGGUAAUUUGUAGAACACUUUAUAUAAACAUCCUUUACAUCACGUACAUACACACAAAGAGAUAUUUACUAAAUAUUAUAUGAUCAUGUACUCAGCUAUUUCAUCGACGUUUCUUACCUGAAACAAAAAAACAAUCCAAGUAUUAGAAACUAAAGUGAAAUAAAAAGAACAUUCAAGAACUAUAUUGUUUAUUGUUACAAAAAUAACCAGAAUUGUAAACCAAAAUAUUCGAGAAGUAGUUUGUAUCUGUAGGUACCUAUACAGUUUGGAGUGUAAACAACAGGCUACUUCAAAUUUACAACAACAGCUUGUUUCCGGGCAGUGGUGGGAUGAAAUUAAUUGCAUUGUAGACGUAACAAACUUCAGAUCUGACAAAUUCAUUACAGAGCUGCCAUUCAGUUCAUCCGAUCCGAACAUAAAACUACGUUUUAAACAAUUAAACCUAUGCCUUUAUAUGGGAUCACCUAAAUUUAAUAAAACGCAUGUUAUGACUUCAUUGCAAUGUUUUAAAAUAUUUUAAAUUUAUUGGUAUUUUUCAAACUACGUAAGUAAAAUUUGACACUCUCCAAUGCUCAUCAGUGUUGCCCUGCGUGUCAGAUUCAACGACAAAAAGAAUACUCAUCAGCGACUUGCGUCAUUCUCAUGUCAGCUUUGAACACACGUAUUUUUGUGAAUCAAUCGCGAAUUCUCUUCCCCAAAACCCGAAUUUCUUCCGAAAAAUCAAUCGCUCAGCAAUUUUUAACAAAAACACCAAAUCGGAUGUACCAAGUCGUGAAGUGUAAAAAGUACUUUUUCAGUUUAAAGUCAAAUAGCGGUAUGAAUUAUUUAACUUUUGAGCCCAGCUGUAGUGAUUCCCUGUCGAGGCCGAGCGCCGGCGGAAACACCCGAGAACCUGGAUCGAUUCACUUGAACUUGUCCAUGUACAUCAAUGACUAGUAUAUUCAUAGCCAUCAGACCGAGGUUAUGGCCACUUAAGCGUCAUCGUACGUAGUAACUAACUUAGUCAUUCAGUAGUCGUGGAGUCGAAACAUGUAAUCUGUAUAAUGAUUUGACAAAGUUUGUUUGCUCCUAAACACUAAUGGCAAAUAUUUAGAUUGAGUACAUGAUAAAAAUUACAUGCACCAAGAAAAAUUUACAAGAGCAGUCCAUUGAAUUCAGGUGAAGAUGAGUGAUCAGACAAAAUGUAAAAAAGUGUUGGGAGCGCCCGAUGGUGGCUGGGGAUAUCUCAUAGGUAUUGCCACUAUUAUAAAUUUUACGUUAACUGCUGGAUUCAUGUCAUGUUUUGGUAUCCUCUACAAUGAAUUUAUUGAGAAAUUGAAAAUAGGAUCAGCCACUGUGGUGCUAAUUACUGGGGCUAAUGCUAUGAGUGUAGCAGUAUCAGGAUUUCUAACGAGUCCCUUGUUGAAAGUGAUGAAGUUUCGACUGUUGGCAUUUGUCGCUGCUUCUCUGUUUAACAUUGGCUGUUUGGGCAAUAUCUUCGCUAACUCUAUCAUACCAUUCUUCGUUUGCCAAUCCGUGUUGCAGGGAUUCGGAUUUGGAAUAUUAUAUAAUUUAACAUGUACAUUAUUCAAUGAAUAUUUUGUAAAGAAGCGUUUUUUUGCGAUGGGUGUAGUGCAAACAUUCACAGCGAUAUUUACAAUGGGUAUACCGAUACUGUUAAACACAACUUUAAACCUGUAUGGGUACCGUGGUACUUUGAUGAUUAUUUCCGCUUUAACCAUGAAUUUGUUUGUCGCCAUUGUUCUCAUGCAACCAGUGAAAUGGCAUAUGAAGUUGAUUGAAGCACCACAUGAGACUGAAGAAGCAAAAUCCCUAUUGUUAAAAAAUGACAAUGAGGGUAUACCCAUUAUUAAAAUAAUAGACAUAGAACGCAACCCUCCAACUGAAGAUAAAAACAUUACGGAUGACGUUAAGAAACUGCCUGUAACGGAAGAUAAGGUUUCUGCUCCAAUGAAACUAAUUAAAGAAAUGUUCGACGUCUAUCUGCUGAAGUCAUUCUUACCAACGUAUGCAUCCCUAGGCGUGACAAUGGCACUACUCGCUGACUUCGUUACAACUGUAAUGCUGCCGCAGACUCUUUACGCUGCCAAUUGGUCCGAAGACGACACAGCUAUUGCAAUGUCUGUGAUGAGUUUUGGAGAUUUAUCAGCGCGAGUUUUUUUCAUAUUGUCUAGUAAAUGUAUAAAGUUACCAAAUAAGGAACUGCAUAUGAUUGGUGUUGUUAUAGCAAUUCUACCAAGAAUAGGCUUCUUGUUAACGAAAAACCUGUAUGCUGUACUAGGACUACUGUUCGUAGUAGGAGUAUCACGCUGCUUCUUGACCACGUUGAUCCCUCUCAUCAUAGCAGACGCUGUGUCUAGCGACAAGUUUACCUCAGCCAUGGGAAUGUUUAUGAUGCUAAUGGGUGUGUCCAAUUUAUCCUUGGGAUCAGUUGUUGGUGCUAUAAGGGAUCUAACUGGCACUUAUGAUACCAUUGUCUGGAUAUCUGCUAUAUUUUUAAUAUUCACCAUAACACAAGGAUUAAUAGAAAAGUAUUGUCUAGAAUGUAGACACAAGAAAAAAUGUCAAGAACAAUGAAAUGGAGAUUCUUAAGAUAUAUUUACUAAGAUUAUAAACACAAUUUUUUAAAAAUAAAUAUGACAUUUUUU